AUGGGGUCUCCAAAAAGAAUACCCCCUAUGUCCUUGGCUGAGUUCUCCAGACAUCGGUCCGCUGAGCUGAAGAAAAAAAAUGCCAAACUCGGGUCGCCUUCGAGGAAGCCUGUUGUAAGUUUUACCACAUUUUUUAUUUGAUCUUCAGUCAAAGCAGCAGAAUUAUGAACAGAAGUUCAGUUCGCUGUUGGUCUAUGGAAUGCAAUUGAAAGUGAGACUUAAGCAUACCAAGGACAUGAGAGUUGCCCAUUGCCAUCGAAUGGAAAUGAAGUCGACAGAAGCUCAGAUGAGAGAAGUUGCAGUGUAAGUAAUAUUACCUUCGGUUUGACGGACUAAGUCUACUAACUAAACUGUUAUUAUUUUAUCGUUUUAGGUGUGCUGGUUGGACAAACUCCGAUCUCGCAAGGAUGAUGCCUCAGAUGUAUCGGAAGCACCACAAGAUGAUCUCGCAAUACGAAGCCAGCAUCCGAAGUCGAUCUCCAAAACGUCGCCCGCCUCCCGGGCCCAGAGAUAAGAGAGAAAAGCCUCCAUUAUCACCUUUGGCGCAUCCAUCUCAGCCUAAAUUUAUCGACCCUCCGGAGCUCCCACCAACGAUACCAUCUAAUGACAAAAAAGUUUUGGACUUCGAUGAUACUCCGAAGAGGUUGGAUGUCCAAGUCAAGCCGAGAUGUGUUAUAGAAGUUUCUAAUUGUGGUCUCAAAAAGUUUGAAGUUGUUAUACUCACAUUAAUUAUUAUCCUUUCGGUUGUAGUGUCUAUCAUAUUCGCCUUAUUUGACUCCAUCUAG